AUGCAGACUGCUUCUACAGACAUUUGUGAAAGAAUGGUUAGCUCUCAGGAGCUCAGUGAAUUCAGUUGUGGUACAGUGAUAGGUUGCCACCUGUGCAAUAAGUCCAUCCGUGAAAUUUCCUUGCUACUAAGUAUUCAACGGUCAACUGUUAGUGGUAUUAUAACAAAGUGGAAUCAACUGAGAACAACAGAAACUCAGCCAGGAAGUGAGCAGGAUCAGUGUAUGCUGGAGUGCACAGUGAGCAGAAGUCGCCAACUGUCUGCAGAGUCAAUAGCUACAGACCUCCAAACUUAAUGUGGCCUUCAGAUUAGCAUAACAACAGUAAGUAGAGAGCUUCAUGGAAUGGGUUUCCAUG